AUUGAUGAAGAAAAAUUUGCUGCAUACAUGCAAGAUCGUGAAAAAAGAGAAAAGCGUAUGCAGUUUGAGAAUUAUAAAAAGUCGUUAGAGAUGGAACGUAAAGCUAAAGAAGAGCAUCAUGCUGAAAUAAUCAAUGAAUUGGCAACUUCAAAAAUACCAGCUUCACGGAUUUUAAAAGCAAAAAAAGAGACUGGUCCCAAGAAACCUAGUUCACUCGAGGAUCCGAUCCUCAACAGUCUACAAAUUAAGGAUAGCGGGAUUGAAUGGUAUGGGGUAGACCAUGUUCCCCGCGAAGACGCACAAGAAUUUGAUCCUAUCGCAUCAGAGUACAUGGAAAUAGAUCAUUAUACUCUUAAAGACAAAUAUGCUGACUCAUAUUUACCCACUCCCACAUUAUUGUUGAAGGCUGGCGGGUAUAAUCAAAAGCUUAUCUAUGAGAGGUCGCUUCAAAGUGCCUUUUCAGGUAUUUUUGAUCGCUGUGGACCCGAAAUCAAGCAGGAAUAA